AAGCGCGGCUACAGUGCGUUUCACAGACUAAGACAAAUGAAAGUUUAAUGGGGCGAGGGAAAGGUUUAGAGGGGAGAAAAUAGAAGAUAUCUUUAUAGAAAAAUGUGACUAUUCUAGGAGAAUUAAAAAUAUAUUUAAUAAAAGAGAAAUAUAUAUUAGGAUCAGAUUUAAAUUUACUUAAAAUAUUUGGCUAUUUUUUAUAUAUUGAUACGAUUUGCCAUGACUUCCUGUGAUUUUUAAGACCCUUUCCAAUGUUUCCUUUUGUUUACUUUGCGAACAAAAUAUCGCUGAAGUUUUUAUGCGAUCUAUAGCCUAGCUCUAGGAACAAUAAUAAACACAAAGCAAAGCAUUGCCCUUUUGUCCAUAUUGGUUAAACAUUUAUAGAACUAUGCUGCUGGCACGGCCAGGCACGUCACCCAAACAUUGGAUACGAUACUUUACCGUACAUAAACACACGUCUAUAUAGAAUGUUUGAUCGGGCAGCGGCGAAAAUGAGCAGUCGGGUAUAAAGCCAUCAUAAGAAACGGAGCGCAAAGUUCUCUGAAAAAGCAUAUGGGGGAAAUUCGUUGGUGAAUUGUGUGUGUGUGUGCUUCUCUAGCGAAUUUUCCCCCAACAGCAGAGACAGGCAGCUUUUCCUCAGGCAUUCAGUGCGAGUUCGAUUGCCGCCGCCGACGCCUGGUGUUUUCCCCAAUAUAUAAUUUUUAAUUAUUUUUAUUUUUCGUGUUGCGUUUAAGUUCGUGUUAGCGUUUGUGUUUUCUAGUUGGUUAUGUGUGAAAAUUUUUGAAACGUUUCGAGGAUAGAAACUAUCCAAACGGUUUCUUGAUAUUUUUAGCAAAAGUUAUAAGAAUAUAAAAGAAUAUAUAUAUAUAGAAAGACAUAUGUACAGUGCGUGAGUGGAUAUAUAUGGCACCUUGAGCUGCCGCCGAAAUGUGUUCAUUGUGUGCGUAAGGCGUAGUCAUGGAGGAGCAGCAGGUGCCGCUGCCCCACGAACUGACCGCCGAAUGGACAGUGCGGGCACAUCUCACCUUUGCCCGGGCAGGAGAGCCUGUGCAAAAGGAGUUAAGUGCACCUGAGGCAGUGCAUCCGGUCCGUGUGGUCUACAAAUGGUGCACGCCCUCGGAGGAAGUCGAAGAGCAGGAUGUGGAUAAGACUGCAGCCACCAAUAUUACUGGAACCAGCUUCCGUUCAACCAACUCUUCGGCCACGACCAAUGCAGACUCUGCUUUCGGCAGUCCUCAAGCUUCUAGAGCUGCUCGAACUCCUGUGCCUGCUCCUGCGCCUGCUCCAUCGGGAGCCACUGCCCAAGUGUGCGGCACAAGAUGUCGCAGCACCUGCAACAUAAUGGUGUCCGCUGUGGCGGAUUUCCUGCCUCAGGAUGCGGCCAUAGGAGCAGCAUCUAACAACGAACCCUUUGUGUACCACAGCAAAGUGCGGGCCCAGCAGCUGAGAGAUGCCUUCUCCCAGACAAGCGACACGGAAGAGCAGGCGCCCAAGAGGCGGCCAGCUUAUGAGCAGCGAAGGGCCACCACCGAAGCGCUGAUGAACUUUGCCAGCAAGCGGCAGGCGGAGGAGGCUAACACAUAUGUGCCACCCUACUCGCCCACGCCCACUACGCCCUCUUCCACAUUCAAAUCGGCUUCCAUGUCCAGGAUACCACCUCUGGCGAGUCAAGGUUCUGCUGCUGCUGCAGCUCGUCCCUCUAACCCGGGUGAAAAGAAACCCCGCACCGUACACAUUGAUGUCUACUGCACUGGCUCCGAGGAGGAGGAAGAGGAAAUGGCGGAUGAUGAGCGUCAGGCUAGCUCCAGUUCCUCCGAUUCCGAUUUGGCUGGCAGCAAACGCUACGACCUAGACUCCAACUCCACGCCACAAACCGUGCUGGACAAUGAACAGAUGCUGCUGCGGCACCAAAGAAUCUCCGGUGGGGCAAUGCCCAGACGCUUGGCUCAAAGUCCAAAUACCCAAAGUGGUUCAGGAUCACAGAAUCAGCAGCAGAAGGAUCAAUUAAAUCUGGGACACGCCAUCACCAAAUGCAGCACUGCCGAGGAGGUGAGCGAGUCCAAGCAGUUGCUGUUCCGCAAGCAUAUCGGUGAUCAAAGGGCGGCCAAGUUGGCCAAUCUGCGUCAGAAAUACAUGCGCCAGCCGAGCGAUGAGACCAGCAGUAGCACUUAUCCCAACUCCUCGAGAUCUACGAUGCCACGAGAUGCCACCUGCAGCAGCAUAUCGAGUGUAAUGGGUGGCGGUGGAGGCGGUGAUGGCAUGGACUCUUCGUGGAAGGAAACGGAUGAGGUAGACACUCCCAUUAUAAGCUUUGGUCUUACCAAGUCGGAUAGCUUUGACUAUGAGAACUCGCUGGAUCGACUGAGAAUAAGCCAGAUGGAGAGACUGUGGUCACGCCAGCACUCGCUGGAUCAGAGUCCAGCGCACACGCACCUGGGAGCACCAGCACCUCAUCCUCUGCAGACAAUCACAGAGGUUCAAUCGCAAAGGAACUCCUUCCAGCGCAGCGAUACCAUACCCUCCGAAUCGGAUGGCUUCUCGGAUGGCUUCAAUACCUACCCAGGCAGGCAGAUUCAGUCUCAUCUCCAGCAGAAUUCGCACUUUCCGCGAAAUCGCCCGGGUUUCUUGCAGUUCUUUGGACCCAACAACAGCGGGCCAAGCAGUGGACCAACGCCUCCUGCCACGGCACCAGUUCAGCCCGCCGCCGCUGCCACCACUGACCCCUUCCGCCUGCUUCAUCCAAGCUAUCGGUGGAAGAGCGAGGCUCGCGAUAACCUUAGUGUUCAGGUAGCCGCCUCUGGAUCACCCUCCUCGGAGAGAAGUUCUCCCCAGCUGCUGUCCGCAGCCACCACAGUGCUGCGUUGUGGCAGUGAGGCGCCGCCGAGCACCACAUCGGCCAGUACUUUUGGCACCACAGUGGCGGCACCCACACCUUCACCACUGCCAGUGCGUCGAUUUGAGAUAUCCAGGGACAGUCCAAGUUUGGCCAGUGAAACGUCCACCUCCCUUUCCGGCUAUACUCAUGAGCAUUUGGAGAAGGCCCGACGCUUUGGCAAUGUGGUGGCCUCCUCGCGAAAGCCUGGGCAUCAUGUGGGACCCACCAAGAAUCCCAGCUGCCAGUGCGAGAGCUGUCAACGCUGGAUGGCCGAGAGGUUUCAGCUGCGCGGCAGAGCCUUCUCCUUGGGCGAGAAGCCCUUGCUGAGGCGACCGAAGUUUUAGAAUUGCAAAAAACAUAUACAUAAUUCUUUGUCUAAGGCUUUGCAUUUAACACUGCUUUUGGAGCUUGCUCCCGAGAAACCAAUUAACCCAAAACCCCAAACCCGAAAUCCUUAAAACCCCAAAUUUCUUUCGAUUUAGAAGUAAGCCAAUGUAAGCGAAUGUUCCUCACACAGAAAAAAUGUGCGCUGAAUCAAUU